CAUAACCUUAAACUGUCAUUUGAAUCCGUCUUUCAAGUUCACGUGCUAACCAUAUGCCUUUCUGUUUAGGUUUGUGCCAUUUUAAAUCAGUGCCCCAAUAAGAAUGUCUUCAAAGCGUGGAAAUAAGAAAAACCUAAAUAUUGACGAAGAUGAUCUAAAACCUGUGAAAGUAAACGAUGUUGCAAAAACCAAUUCAGUCUCCAAAACUGGGAAAGGUAAAAAGGGCAAAUCCAAAAAUAAAGAUGACUGGGGUGAUGAUGAUGAUAAAAACUUUGAGUUAGAUGUCAAUGACGUUUCCGAUGAUGAAGGUCCCAUUACUAAUAAGAAAAGUAAAAACAAGGCGAAGUUAAAGGGCAAAGUUUUAGAAAGUUUGAUGGAUGAAGAAGACUCGUCAGUCCCAGAGCCUGUCAAAAGUAAGCCUAAUAAGAAGAAAGAUAAAGCUAAGGUGACUGAGGACUUAAGCGAUGAGGAUGAAAACGAUAUUCCUGAUGAAAUUCCACACAAGGCCGCUACGAAGAAAAGUCAAAAUCAAGGAAAUUUUAUCAACGAUGAUGAUGCAAGCGACGUCGAUUUGAAAGGCGAGUCAGAUUCUGAAAUCACAUCAAAACCAGUGCAGAAAAAGAAUAAGAAAAAUAAAAGCAAAAAAGCAAAUAGUGAUGAAGAAUUAUCAGAAGCAUUUAAUGAGGUUGAAGUAAAAGAUAAAAAAAGCAAAUCCACAGCCAAACCUACAACAGAAAGCGAUGCUAAUGAUGCUGAAGAUAAUGUAGCGGAAAUUGCUAAUUCAAACGAUGCACCCUCUGUAGAAGAUGAAGGAAUCAGCAAGAAACUAACUCAUAAAGAAAAAAAGAAACUUAAAAAACAACAGGAGUAUGAAAAACAGGUGGAAACAAUGUUAAAGAAGGGGGGAUUAGGUCAUUCCGAUUUAGAGUCUAAUUUCACAGUUUCGCAAGCGCAACGUUCUGCAGGACAGAAAGCAGCACUUGAAAACGCCGUGGAUAUUAAGAUUGACAAUUUUAGCAUAUCUGCAAAAGGUAAUGAGUUGUUCGUGAAUGCUAGUUUAUUAAUAGCUAAUGGAAGACACUACGGGCUUGUCGGACCUAAUGGCCAUGGCAAGACAACCUUGUUGAGGCAUAUCUCCCAACGAGCAUUCGCUAUCCCCCCUAAUAUUGAUAUACUUUAUUGCGAGCAGGAGGUUGUCGCCGAUGAUUACACUGCCGUCGAAUCGGUAAUCAGGGCGGAUACGAAGUUAAUUUCGCUACAAGAAGAGUGCAAGAAUUUGGAGAAUGCCAUUCAUUCUGGCGAUCUGGAAGUUCAAGAUCGUCUUAACGACGUUUAUGCCGAAUUAAAAGCUCUUAAUGCGGAUUCUGCUGAACCUAAAGCGCGUCGGAUUCUUGCCGGUCUGGGAUUUACCAAGGAAAUGCAGAAUCGAGCGACGAAACAUUUUUCCGGUGGUUGGCGUAUGAGAGUAUCGUUGGCACGAGCUUUGUACAUGGAACCAACUCUUCUACUUCUUGAUGAACCGACCAAUCAUUUGGAUUUGAAUGCUGUUAUUUGGCUUGAUAAUUAUUUGCAGAACUGGAAGAAAACUUUGUUAAUCGUAUCCCAUGACCAGUCAUUUUUGGACAAUGUCUGCAAUGAAAUUAUCCAUUUAGACCAACAAAAAUUAUACUACUACAAGGGUAAUUAUUCGAUGUUUAAGAAAAUGUUUGUCCAAAAACGAAAAGAAAUGAUAAAAGAUUAUGAGAAACAGGAGAAGAGAAUUAAGGAAUUGAAGUCUCACGGAUCUUCCAAGAAGCAGGCUGAAAAGAAGCAAAAAGAAGCUCUCACCCGUAAACAAGAGAAAAAUAGGACAAAAUUACAAAAGCAAGAGGAUGACAAUCAAAUUGCGGAAUUACUGCAAAAACCGCGCGAUUACAUAGUCAAAUUUUCCUUCCCUGAUCCACCUCCUCUGCAACCACCUAUUUUAGGUCUGCACAAUGUAACAUUUGCAUAUGCUGGACAAAAACCGCUGUUUAAAAGUACAGAUUUCGGAAUUGACCUCAGUAGUCGUGUCGCAAUUGUUGGACCAAACGGUGUCGGAAAGUCUACUUUCCUUAAUCUACUGACGAGCGAUCUUCAACCCCUCCAAGGUGAAGUGAAAAAAAAUCAUAGAUUGCGUAUUGGUAAAUUUGAUCAACAUUCUGGAGAACAUUUAACGGCCGAAGAGACUCCCUCAGAAUAUCUAAUGCGGUUGUUUGAUCUCCCGUACGAGAAGGCGCGAAAACAGCUCGGGACCUUCGGUUUGUCUAGUCAUGCUCAUACAAUUAAAAUGAAAGAUCUAUCUGGCGGUCAAAAAGCAAGAGUGGCCUUGGCGGAAUUGUGUUUGAAUGCUCCAGAUGUGGUUAUUCUCGAUGAACCUACCAACAAUCUCGACAUUGAAUCGAUCGAUGCACUGGCGGACGCAAUUAAUGACUACAAAGGUGGUGUCAUAAUUGUAUCUCACGAUGAAAGACUUAUUAGAGAGACUGAGUGUACGUUGUUUAUUAUUGAAGAUCAAACAAUUAACGAAGUUGAUGGUGACUUUGAUGAUUACAGAAAAGAGUUGCUGGAAAGUUUGGGAGAAGUUGUUAAUAAUCCAAGUAUAGCAGCUAAUGCGGCCGUGGCACAGUGAGAAAAUCGUGUGUAUUAUGUAUUCAUUGAAAAUAGUUCGUUUUGGAAUUGUUAAAGUGAACGAGAUGAACGAUUUUAAAUAUAAUUUAUUUUUAUCACAU